AAGACCCAAAGUUGGAAUGGAAUUACUUGGUGGUCUACUCAUACAAAAGGUCAAAUAUGCGUAAUUUCCCCCUACAGUUCCUCGCGGAUAGCCAUAUAAAGGGUGCAAAUUGCCAUAGUGCACCAAACUCAAGCAAAGUACGAUGGACACGUGCAUAUUUGUUGACUCUCCUUUUUUGCGAUUUACUCGAGGUCUCUUUGUGUGAAAGUGUGGCAGGAACCAAAGUUGAACACGAAGGAUUUUGUCCAAACAAGCUGAACGCUAAUCUUUGGGUUGAUGCACAAAGCACAUGUGAGAGGGAAUGCGACAUCGAUGAGGACUGUGCUGACUUUGAGAAAUGCUGCACCAAUGUGUGUGGCUUCAACAGUUGUGUUGCUGCUCGUUUCUCUGAUGGCACCCCUGCUCUGCCACAUGAACAGGGUGAAGGGAACGGUGAUGCUACCUCCGCCUCCACAGCUACCUGUGAGGGCUUUAUCUGCAGCCAGCAGGGAGCAACCUGUGACAUCUGGGAUGGACAGCCCAUCUGUAAGUGCCAGGAUCGGUGUGAGAAGGAACCCAACUUCACCUGUGCAUCAGAUGGCCUCACCUAUUUCAACCGCUGCUAUAUGGAUGCAGAAGCUUGCAUCCGGGGGGUGACUCUAACUGUGGUCCCCUGUCGAUUCUACCUCGCUGGCCCUCCCACCAGCCCCCUGCCUCAAGACACUACAGUUCACCCAACCCCAACAUCCUCCCAGGAGGAUCCCAUGCCUCCCACGCUGUACUCCAACCCUCACCACCAGUCCAUCUAUGUUGGAGGCACAGUCAACUUCCACUGCGAUGUCAUUGGAGUCCCCAGACCAGAUGUAACAUGGGAAAAGCAAAGUGACCGGCGUGAACGCCUUGUCAUGAGACCUGAUCAGAUGUAUGGCAAUGUGGUUAUAACCAAUAUUGGACAGCUAGUAAUUUAUAACGCCCAGGUUUGGGAUACCGGCAUCUACACCUGUAUAGCACGGAAUUCUGCAGGAGUUCUUCGCGCAGACUAUCCUCUGUCUGUUAUUCGCCGGUCAGAUGAUGACUUCUCUGAAGAUCCUGAGAUGGCCAUGGGACGGCCUUUCUCUCCAGCAGAUUGCCUGGCGGAAGUCGACCUGAGUGUGUGCAGUGGAGAGCGUCAUGUUGACUGGUAUUAUGACAGCAAGCUGGGCUCCUGUGUGACGUUUAGCAGUGGUGGAUGCGAAGACAGCCGAAACCGAUUUGAGACUUACGAAGAGUGCAAAGCCUCUUGCCAGAGAGAAGACAUGGGGAUCUGCUCUCUGCCUGCUGUUCAAGGUCCCUGUAAAGCUUGGGAGGCACGCUGGUCCUGGAAUUCCAUAACAAAACAGUGCCAAGCCUUUGUCUAUGGUGGCUGCCAUGGGAAUGCUAACAACUUCCACACCAAAAAGGAGUGUGAGGCCAACUGCCCGCAGCCAAAAAGGAAGCCUUGCAAGACCUGUCGUGUGAAGGGGAAAAUGGUGCCCAGCUUAUGCCGCAGUGACUUUGCUAUUGUGGGCCGACUGACAGAGCUUGUUGAGGAUCUGGACUCUGGGUUAGCCCGUUUUAGCUUGGAAGAAGUCUUGAGGGACGAGAAGAUGGGCUUGACUUUCUUCAAUACCAAACAUUUGGAGGUGACUAUUGCUAAGAUAGACUGGAGCUGUCCCUGUCCCAACAUCACUGUUGAGGAAAACCCUUUGCUGGUGAUGGGUAUGGUGCAGGACGGCAUGGCUAUCAUCCACUCAGACAGCUAUGUAAGAGCCAUAAAUGAACGCAGGCUGAAAAAGCUGCAUGAUGCUCUGGGUAAAAAGGCCUGUGACACCUUACUAUGACUUA